AACGGCUCCCUGUAGCACCAACACAGAACCGACUUCCUGCAGAAGGAUUUGUUUACGUGCACACUCGGAGGCUGCUACCUGCUACGUUAGCAACUCUCUUAGCCAACACUAACGCUACGAUUUCCAUUCAGGUGACAUUAACGGUUGUCAGCCAUGGGGAAGUCGUUUGCCAAUUUCAUGUGCAAGAAGGAUUUUCAUCCUGCUUCGAAGUCAAACAUCAAAAAGGUAUGGAUAGCAGAACAGAAAAUAACCUUCGACAAGAAGAAGCAAGAAGAUCUCAUGCAGGCGUACAUGAAGGAACAGGAUUGUUACAACAACAGGGUGUUGAUGGGGGAUGAUCGUGUUAAAAAUGGCCUCAAUUUCAUGUACGAGGCUCCACCGGGAGCAUCCAAAGAGGAAACAAAAGAGGAUGGGGAAGAAGAGUACAAAUUUGAGUGGCAGAAAACGGCUCCGAGAGAGAAAUAUGCGAAGGAUGACAUGAAUAUUAGAGAUCAGCCGUUUGGAAUCCAGGUGCGCAACGUGCGGUGCAUCAAAUGUCACAAAUGGGGCCACGUGAACACAGACAGAGAGUGUCCCCUCUAUGGUCUGUCGGGUAUCAAUGCCAGCGCUGUGGCCCCCGAGGAGGAACCAGGUCCGUCGAUGCACCCCUCGGAGUUAAUAGCGGAGAUGCGAAACAGUGGGUUUGCCCUGAAGAAAUGUGUCCUUGGUAGAAAUUCUACUGUUUGUGAUAUAUCGCAGGAAUACGUUGCCAGUGAGGAUGAGGAAGAUCCCGAAGUGGCAUUUCUUAAGUCAUUGACGAAAAAGGAAAAACAAAAGCUCCUCAGAAAACUUGAUCGCCUGGACAAGGAGAAGGCGAAGAAAAAGAAGAGCAAGAAACAGAAGAAGAAGAGCAAGAGAAAACACAAAAAAAAGUCUGAAAGUAGUGACAGCUCGAGUGACUCCUCCGAUAGCAGCAGUAGUGAUAGUGACUCACAUUCAGACAGCCAUGGCAAGUUCAAGAGCCAAAAGAAAAAGAAGAACAAGAAAAAAGAUUCCUGUCGGGAUAACAGCUCUAAGAGCGAGCGGCGAGUCAAGAGUCAGAAAAAGGCCUCCUCUCACAGAAGCAGGUCACCGAGCCCUCGCGCCGAACACAAGCAGCCUGAAGAGAAGUCGGGAGAUUAUAGACAAACAAGGACAGAGAGGGGAAGGAGCGGGAGUUGUAGUCUUAUCCCAGAGAACAAGAUCAAGCAGGAGGGAGGUCAAGAGAGAAAGAGACACAACAGCAGGGACAGAGAGAGACCUAGCAGCUCUGCCGUGGACAGAGGCAGGGAGGAGAGAGGGAGAGACGGGCGUCACAGCAGAGAUGUUGAGAGGAACAGAAGCAGCCCAGAUGGAAGGAGAGGCAGAACAGCAGAUGGGAGGAGCAGAAGCAGGGAGAGGAGGAAGGAAAGGGAUGGCAUGGGGAAAAGCAGGAGUAGGGAGAGAAGCCAAGACAGAGCCAAAACAAGGCACUGAGUGUUUAGCUGUGUUCCUCUCUUACAAUAUUGGACAAAAUAUGUUGAAUCACCUUUUGUGAUGACUGUGAUUACUGAGAACGCUAUAACUGUCUCUCGAUUUAAAUUGCAGAUAUUGUUCAGUAGGUUUUCCUUUUUUCUCCAGUAGAGGGAAGCAGUGGACAGAUAAUAUCCAGAUGCAGCUCAUUGUGCCCUUGUGUUGUUUGGAAGAGUCUAGAUUAAUUGAUAACCAUUGCAAGCAAUUUGCAGCUAUGAUCCGUUGAUGGAAAAAUAUUGGACUCAUUUUAAUGGUCAGUUGGCCACCGGAAGACCAUUUUCUGCGAUGCAGUUUUUUUUAUGUAUUGCAUUCAUUAUUGUGUCUUUUGGGGAAAUAUCGUCAUUGUAAGAUGUAAUGCUUGGGCGGAUGUUGAUUCUGAAAAAAAAAGUCUCGAUAUUUUAUUUUCUGAUUAAAUUUUAAAUUCUCUCCAAAAUGGGUUUGUUUUGCGAUGGAUGAAAGAAAGUCUAUAAUUUAGUAAUGUUAGUGUAUUCCCACUAAAUACUAACAUGCCUUUAGGUCCGGGCACCUGACAAUAUAAAAUAUUACUAUUAGGCUACUUAUAAUCAGAAACUAAUUACAAUGUUUAUUUAUUUGUAUUGUUUGAUUUUUUUGUCCGGUUUCCCUGAAUUAUAUGCCACUAUUUGUGUUUUUCAUAAAGAUAUAUAUAUAUAUUUCCUGUUGCUUUUUUGCAGGCUUCAACAACAAAUAUUAUUUAUAUCUAAAUGUCAAGCGUAAAUUCAGCAAACGAAACAGCAGCUGCACUAUCCUAUAUUUGUUUUAUUAAUGCACAUCAGUAUUUAGCAUUUAAAUAUAUGUUUUAAACUGUGUACAUUUAUUUUUAACAAUUAUUUUAAUUAAAUGUCAAAAAUGUUCAACCUGUUAUUUUAUGUCCUAAAAUUACACAUUUAAUUUGAGAUAAAAAAUACAUUUUGUAAAAUAAAACAUGGCAACA